AUGAGCCACAUCAGCUGUCUCUCCUAUACUCUACUGCAGACAAUGCAUCAAUAUAAUUUAUUUGCAUGGGACGAGCCUAUAUGUACCCCGUAUAUUGUAACUAUACAAUGCGCCCCCAAUGACAUCAGUGUCUUGGCGCCCGUUGACCAUCGUGAAGGACGAGCCGAACGCGUCUUUAGAGGCAAGCACGUACAGAUAGUGAUCCUUUGUACAGACUCGCCUCGCCCUAAUCCCCUAAUCCUACUUCCAGCCUCAAUUUUGCGACAGCUUGUAGCUGGACCGCGACUUCAACAUCCAGAGACAGGUCUAGAUCUUUGCUAUGUCGCCGAUAACAGUGAGCCAAGCCCCAUCUCUACCCUAUCCAACGCUGCUCGAUACCUCCCUGGCCGGUUUAUCCUGACACCGCUAAAGCAACUUGUCAAUUUCCUCGACAGUAAACAUGGCGCCGACUGGUGCAUCUGGGAGUUCCGUGCCGAGGGCACUGGAUACCCUGACUCGGAGGUCUACGGACGAAUCCACCAUUUCCCGUUCCCGGAUCACCACCCGCCGCCAUUUGCGCUGAUUCCGAAGGUCAUGGCUAGCAUGCGAAACUGGUUGCAGCGGUUGGAUGGGUCGGGAGCGGACGGACAGGAGAAUCAGAGGAAGGGGCAACGGGUUGCAGUCGUGCAUUGCAAAGCUGGUAAAGGGCGCAGCGGGACAAUGGCGUGCUCGUACCUGAUUAGCCAGGAGGGGUGGAAGAUGGAGGAUGCGUUGCAACGGUUCACGGAGCGCCGGAUGAGAGUAGGAUUCGGGUCUGGCGUCAGUAUACCCAGUCAGCUCAGAUGGGUACGGUACGUUGAGCGGCCGGUUGAGAUUCUUGAGAUUCAUGUUUGGGGUCUACGGGAUGGAGUCAAGGUCGUGGUGGAGGGCUUCGUGGAGGAAGGACAGAAGAUUAAGCAGUUUCACCUGUUUCGAAAGGAUGAACGGACGGUCAUGUCAGAUAGUACCUUGCAGUCUCAGUCGUCCCAACGGUCGUCCAACACAACUAGCGAAGACGACGAAGACAACAAAGUCAGCAGUAACAACGACAAUAACAGCAAGAUCAACCCCAAACAGAAACUCAACGCAACGAAACUCUCCGGCACCAGCAAUCAGGUGCAGGAGCAACAACCCAUCUCCGCCACUGAAUCUGACUCUUCCCUCCUUUCGACCACGACACCCGCCUCCAAUUCGGCUUCAACAACCCCUACAACAACAACCACCUCUCAACCGCCACAGAAACACACCCAUGCCGUUUUCCUUCGCCCUUCCUCACCCCUCAUCCUCCCCUCUCCCGACAUAAAUAUCGACUUUGAGCGCCGGAGCAAAGCAGCCUCCUACACCGGCCUGGCUAUGGUGACCUCAAUAGCGCACGUCUGGUUCAACCCGUACUUUGAGGGCGGGGAUAAAUACGACUCCGGCGUCUUUGAAAUCGACUGGGAUGCUAUGGACGGUAUCAAGGGAACUUCUAGGAAGGGCAUUAAGGCGCUGGAUCGGCUGAAGGUUGUGUGGCGGUAUGCGGAUGAUGAUACGACGGAGGUUCAAAAUACGCAUGCGCAGAAGAGGCCGGUCUCUAGGGGCGUAAUCACGGAGCCGAAGCCUGGAGAGCCGAUUCCUGAGACUAGGGUGAAGGAUUGGAGAUUGAAGGAUAGUCAUCAUGGGGGUGGAGAUGAAACCGCAGAGGACAAAGUUGAUGUUGAUAGUAGUAGCAGUAAUGAUGAGGGUAGUGUUGGGACAGCGAGCGAGAAAGAGAAGGAAAAUGUUCCCAUGGCGGGUGGAAAGUCCGGAGGGUAG